CUGAAUCCGGAAACAUGUGAAAAUGUUGAAACAAUUACGAACAAAUUUGAAGUCAAAAACGAAAUGGAAGGUCGUAGAUAUCAAUGUGUUACCAGUUUUACGAAUGGAACUAAACUGUCGUCGAAUGUAGAGAUUUUGAAUGUUACUGAUCCAAUUUUAUAUUUCACCGAGGAAAGCAAAACGGGAACUGUAGGAAUCACUGAAUCAAUUCAAUGUAUCCUCACUGAAACAGCAAAUCUAAGCUACGUUGUUGUCAGUAGGUUUUCUACCGAAGAAAUACUAUGUGAAGUAAACGCAACAGGCGAAGGAGCAUGUAGAAAUGAAGCAGAGUUUUCUGUGGAUGGAACACUGUCUGAAAACAGUACAGUUUUCACCACGACGCUGACCAUACAUAACAUAUCGUGCAUCAAUGAAGUCAUGUAUUCAUGCAAAGCUAUAGGAAUCAACACUUUGAAAACAUCAAUGGAUUUCAAAGUCAUAGCUGUACCUACUAUCCCUAAAUUACGCCUCCCAACAACAAUAGUAGCAGAACAAAUGUCGGAAUGGGAGGAUCUUUUAAAGUGUGAUGCAUUCCUUGGUUAUCCUGCAAAUAAUAGGAAGUUGAAGAUUGAAAAUAAAACUAAAGGAUCGGAUUCUUUCGAAGAUUACAUCACAAAAAUUUAUGAACAUGGAGAUUGCGAUCGAGCUUCCUCUAUUGAAAUAAGGCAGCACAAGUGUCCGGUUACCAUGAAUGACUCGACUAUUAGAUGUGUGGUUGCAGAUGAAAAAAAUAAUGUUAUUAUAUCUAGUGCCGAGAAAGAACUUCGAAUUCUGAAAAAUGUUUGUCUCUUUAACAAACCGGGCGAAUUUUACCAUCAUCCCUAUAAUUGCAGACGAUUCAUUAGAUGCGUAGACUAUCGUUUAUAUGAUUUAGAGUGUGCUCCAGGGUCGUGUUCUCUGUGGGACUCAAACCAAACAUGUAACAGUAAUUGUUCAUCUUGUUGACCUAGUUAUAUGUGAAGUUUCCAUCGAAAAUAAUUAAUGAGUGUUGGAAAGAUAUUUACAUAGACAAGAAAACUACACUUUUUAUGAAAUUAAUGUUUUCAAUUUUCUUAACCAAACUUAUUGACGUGGUUCUCACAAUUGAUUGGUAAUGGUGUAUUUGUAUUUGUCAAUCUUCAAAAUCGUGAUAUUUGGCGAAUAACAUAGUCAUGAUGAUUCUGACUGUAUACAGAUUUUUUCUAGGAAUUUAAAAGAUUAUUAACAAGUCUUCUUUUGAAGAUCAAACUUGAGGAUAUAUAUCAAUGGUUUAAAGAGUUUAAGUCAACAAUUAGCACAUUAUUAUUUCAAGUAUUAAUACAAACAAUAGACAUGUAUCAUACUGAUAUUCCUAUGAAUUGUUUGAUAGAAUUCCAGAGUGAUGUAGUAUGAACAUAUAUUUGAUAUGAUACAAUUAUUAUUAUAUGUAAUAAUAUAUGAUAGAAUAUCAUUGUGGGGAAUAAUAAUUUGCUCUGAUACGUGUGUAUAUGAUAUGCCAUCAAAUAAUGCAUCUAACAUUUAUUAACAAGAUCCAUAUAUAGUUUCUCGUGGUUUGUUUUAACGUAUGAAACUUAAAACGAGCUAUGAACAUAAUAAAUGUUGUAUAACAGAUCUUUCAUUACGAUCCAAAUCACUAUAAUACUGUAAAAAAAAUAAUUAAAAUAUUCGUUAAACUUAAAGAAUAAAUUUAUUAAUAUUCAAAACCCCGAAAAGAUAAUUUAUGGGGAAUUUAAAAUUUGACAGUAUGGACUAUUUCUAUCACCACAUUUUCACGUUCUUACUGACAGCUGGAAUUUGUGGAUAUUGAAAACUCGAGUCAAUUCCAAUUUCAUUUUCGCGCACCAUACAACUUUCAUAAAGCAUUGAUAUGUGUCGAAAUUUAUAGGUUAAAAUGGUGUAACAAAGGUAAUUAUUGUUGAUUUUUUUCUUUAGUUACCAAACACGAUAUCACGAAUGCAGAAUAUUAUUAUGGAGUUUUAUACUAAAUUGCAAGUAUCUAUUGUUAAAAGGAUAAAAGGAUUAAAUAUUUCAUAUAAAAAUGAUUAUGUUAAAAAGGAAAUUGAAACUUUUUAUGCUUCUUGUAAAGAUUCAAAAGGCAUAGAGCUUAGAUAUUUUGCAUAAGGCAUUGUCUGGUAGACCUCUUCCAAGAUUGUUGAAAUUAUAGCCCUGGGGUCAAAAUCGGCCCCGCCCCGGGGGUCAUUGAUUUUCACUAUAUGUACAUAUAGUAAAAACUUAAAAUACCUUCUUGUAAAGACCCAAAAGGUCUAGUGCUUAGAUAUUUUGCAUAAGGCAUUGUCUAGUAGACCCUUACCAAGAUUGUUCAAAUUAUAGCCCUGGGGUCAAAAUCGGCCCCACCCGGGGGUCAUUGAUUUUCACUACAUGUACAUAUAGUAAAAACUUAAAAUACCUUCUUGUAAAGACCCAAAAGGCAUAGAGCUAAGAUAUUUUGCAUAAGGCAUUGUCUGGUAGACCUCUACCCAGAUUUUUCAAAUUAUAGCCCUGGGUCAAAAUCGGCUCGCCCCGGGGGUCAUUGGUUUUCCUGAUAUGUAUAUACGUAUCGUAGUAAAAACUUAUAGUAAAAACUUUAAAAAAAUUCUUCUAGCAACUGACAAAUGCUAGAGGUGUGAUAUUUUGCAUGAAACAUUGUGAAUUAAACAUCAAGCAAAAUUGUUCAAACUGAAGCCCUGGGGUCAAAAUUGCCCCCGCUCCGGGGGUCAUUGAUUUUCAUAUUGUACAUACGAAUAGUAAAAAAAUAAAAAAGUAUGUUUGUCUGAAGGUACAAGGCAUAGAGCUUUGAUGUUUGCUUUAUAAUAUUAUCUACAGGUCCUCCACCAAAGUUGUUCAAAUUUUUCCUCUGGUGUCAAAAUUGGCCCUGCCCGGGGGCAGUGACUCUCAUUAUGUACACAUAGUAAAAACAGAAAAUUAAACAAAUGUUUUUUGAAUGGGAGAAAGCUACAGCUUAGAUAUUUAACUUGAAAUGUUGUUUGGUGGACAUGUAUCAAAUUAAACCCUUUGGUCAAAAUUUUGCCUUACCCAAGGGGACAGUGACCUACUUUCUUGUCCUUUGAUGUACUGCAAUGAAAUUUUGACCAUGUACACAGUUUUAGUUGUAAAAUUGAACUUUGAUAUCAGGUGACCUAGAUUUUGAUGAUGUGACCUACUUCCUUGUCCUUUGAUGUACAGCUAUGAAAUUUGAACCAUGUGCAAAGAUUAAUAUAUAAAGUGAACUUUGAUAUCAGCUGACCUAGAUUUUGACAAAGUAUCUUACUGUGUUGUCCUUUGAUGUAGUCAUGAAAUUUAGGCUGUGUGAAAUAUGACCUUCACCACUACAUUCAGUAGACUCAAGUGCAUUGAUAUAUUCCUACUCUGAUCUUUUAUUGAGUUAACAAUAGAUUCAACCACUAAUCUGCAAGUAUCUAUUGUUAAAAGGAUAAAAGGAUAAAAUAUUUCAUAUAAAAAUGAUUUUGUUAAAAGGAAAUUGGAACUUUUUUAUCGGUAAAAGUAGGACGAAUAGUUAAAUUAUAAAGGUAAACUGUCCAAACAUUCAUUUAUCUUCAAAAAGUAAUUUUCUUUGAAAUACGCAACAUAAGUAUCUAAGUGUAUCUUGAAUUGUCAAUGUGGAUUGCCUUCCUCUGUUUCAGGUUUUGACUAAAUAGUAUCUCUUCUUUUGUGCACAUUGUAUUUGUCUUCAAUAUUGUAGUUCGUUUCAAUUUGAAUUAAGGUUUUAUGUGUUACGAUUUUUGUUUGUUUAAAGAAGUUUCCGGCAGCUUAAAACUCAUUUUUAGGGAAAAAUAAAUAAAAAGUAGGAUGGUUGUCCUAAGUUUUUUUUUAAACAUUUGGUCAUCUCAGAAUAUUCUUUAAUCGCCAACGUUUCAAUCGAAACUACAUCCAAAAUUUUUUCAAGUCUAUUAAUAAAUCAAAUUAUAUUACAUGUAUAUGAUACGAUUCUUUUUGGGGCUGAAAAUUUACUGUUUUUUGAUAGCUAUGCUAAUACAACUUAUUCAUGCUUGUUUUAAUAAAAUACAUUUACAAUCAAUAUCCAGUUGUUCUUUUUUUAUGAUAUAGUUAGAAAUUAUCAUUAUGCCAUGACAAUGUUUCAACUAAACGGAAAAAAGAUAAAGUCAGUGCGCCAUUUUUACUGUAAAUUUAUAGAAAGAAAGAAAGAACGAAAGAAAGAAAGAAAGAAAGAAAGAAAAGAAAGAAAGAAAAACGAAAUAACUAAAGAAUACUCAGAAAAAUUGAAACUGUUGCAGGCUCAGUUUGAUUGAGUUUGUUCAUAGACGGUACUAAAGAGCCUUAAAAAUAAAAAGUUAAUUUUUAACACAGAUAAACUGGACAACGUAAAACGGAUAUACUCAGAAAUUAAUUGAAAAUCAUAUUUGGAGCUAUUUUAGCCUGAUCUGAAUAAAAUCGUUGCAAUGCUUUUAAAUUUCAAACAAAUACAACUAUAAAUAUUAAUCUAGGAAAAGGCAAUAAGCGAACCAUAAAUUUCAAAAAUAUAUAUCGGAUUCAAAGGUGUGGUGUCGAAAAAUCAUAGUGAAAUACCGUUAACUUGCUUACUGACUUACAAGAAAAUUUAUACAUAUUUGAUUACUUUACAGUCUAAAUUAUAAAUUCAAUAUCACAUUUUCCAUGACUUUCUUUUGAAAAACAGUUUUCUCACUCAUGAUUAUGCCCCACGCGAGAACACGGAUUUUGAAAAUCAACAAAUAGAAUUAAAUUUCAUCUCACACAAAAAGCCCAAAUAAAUACCCUUUACAUAAUAAUCGAAAAGCCUUGCAAAAAUCUUUUUGGUCUUAUCCCGAGACAUAUCUAUUAUUUCAUUAAAGUAGAUGCCCGAGCGGACGUAAACUCAAUGUUGAUAUUUAAUAGUAUUAGAAUAAAUUCAAAAUAUGAUUCGUAAAUAUGUAUUCUUUGAAUAAUCCAUGCAUUCUUUGAAAGAAAAAGGAAGCAAGAUGAAUUGUAUUUAAAAUGGUAUGACAAAACUCUUUAGAUAACAAUUUGUCAAAAGAAUGAUUAAUUGCAUCUUGAAUGCAGUCAUUAUAUAUCAAUGAAUAAUUGCGUUUUUAGGUUCAGAUAAUCAUAUUCUUCAUCUUUCCUCUUUAAAUGCCAACCAAUUAUUCAACACAUUUCAACCACUUGCUUUUCAGAUGAUUAGAAUUACAGCAGAGUAUCAAGUAUUUUGAAUGCAUCCAAAUUUCAAUGAGAGGACAAAAAUAGAACUUAAAAUUAACAUUUUCUUUAUGAAAAGGCAUAAAAGAAAUCUAAAUAACGUUCUCAAACAAAGCGGCUUUUGAGAGAUAUAUACAAUGUUUAUAGAAUAAAUUAGAAUGCAAUAAAACAUAGAAAUAAACGAGGCCCGGGUUUUCAGAAAUACAAGGAGGAAUUUUGACAAUACAAUAUACAGACACUUAAAUAAAAAUAAAAUCAUACUAAAUACAUUUCAUAUGAUUAAACAGCAGAUAUACGAUAAUUUUCCUGAUCAAGGCAACAACCAUAAUUGUAUUAAAUAUCUGAUUUUUUACAUACUUUUUCAGUAUUCAUGAAAUAAAGAUAUGAGGAAACAAGUCAUUAUGCAUGCAGAUAAGUUGCUUUCAAAACUGUAGUAUAAAAUCAUGAUAAAGACGUUCAAGUUUGGUUGAUAUCAAAAUGUUUGUUUUCGUCUAUAUCAACAUUUAUGACUUUAAAAUAUGAAAUAUUAUCUUAUUUAAACAUGUAUCUGAUGUGCACAUUUAAACUGUUGUAACUGCAUAAAUAUUGCGAAGGACAUCAAACUAGCUGUCAAUAUUUGACUACAAUUGAAGUGUGUCAUGAAAUAUUUCAAAACACCUUUUUGUUCUAAAAAAACACACUGAUAUUUAUCUAAAACUAGACAAAAUGUGUUUAAUAAUUUAAUUUUGUAAAUAACAUGGUAUGUCUAUUUGUCUCUCUCUUACAUUCAGAUGUCUGUUCAAAUGUAUGAAUAACACCUUUUAUAUUUAAAGUGACAUUAUGUUCAUCAAAACGUAACUGGUGAGAUUCUUUUUGGAAUUUAUGGUUAUGGGUGUCAUAUUUCUUUUUGUUGAGUUUAUGAAAUGUUCGUUGUAUGUUAAUAUAUUUAUGCUAAUG